CCAUAUGAUGCAGGUCCUUUUACUGUUUCAGAUGGGAUGGUGAAAGUGACAAUCGAUGGUCAGAAAUUUAAUAUUGUCGACACACCUGGAAUUUUUGAUACGACUAAACCUGAUGAAGAAGUAUUUAGAGAAAUUGCCAAAGCAGUGCAAAAAUGUGCUUAUGGUGUCAAAGCUAUCCUUUUUGUUUUUGGAGACAACGCACUAGAAUAUUUGAUUGCUGUUUUUUCUCAUGCAACAAAAAAACAGAAUGCUGACAAGGAUGAGAUGCGAAAAGCUUGGACUUCAGAAAUUGCCUCUUUCAUUGGAAGUUUCUACACUUCAGAAAAGCUUGAAUCUGCUCGACAAGCGCAAGAAAAAAUUAUGCGUGAAAAGGAAAAGGAAGAAAGACGAAUAAAAGCUGAAUAUGAAGAAAAAUUAAGAAAAGAGGGUAAAGAAAAAGCUGAUAGAGAUUAUCGAGAAGAAAUGAAUAGAAUGAAAGCCGAAUAUGAACAAAGGCAGAAGAGAUCUUUGGAGGUGAUGGCAAAUGAUAUAAGUAAACGCUUUGAUGAAAUGACAACCCAACUAAAUAAUCUAAAUGGCAAAAUUGCACAACUGGAAUCAGAAAAAAGGAAACUGGAUGAUGUCAAAAAUAAUCGGUUCGAAUUUUCGGAAAUUUAUUUGAUAUCACAUUUGGGACAUUUCGAUGAUCCUUUUGAUAUGGUAAAAAUUAAAUUCACAAAUCCCGAUGGAAGUGAAGUAUUUCCUUCUACUCAUCGUCAAAAAGAACUUCACCCAUAUGUGCAAAUUUUGGAGACCACUUACAUCAUUUGGUGCAAAGCAUUAGAAGGAAUUAAAAUUAUUGGACAGAAGGCAAGAACUAUCAUUGCAAGACAGAUAACACCCAUAAAAGACAGACCAAUUACUAAACUAAGGUUGGUGUCUGAUUGUGAAGGUUGUGUUGAAGGUUGGGUAGAAGUCGGAGUUGAAGUCGAG